GCAUCGACAUCAAAAACGAUCAAAAUCUUAGCUUGUUUGCACGCUGGUAGUUGCUGCUGUUCAACUUUCCAUUACAUAUCCUCAAAUCGAGAUACUCUUCAACAGACAAUAGUAAAAUGAGCAAGGCACAUCCUCCUGAGUUGAAGAAGUACAUGGACAAAAGAAUGUCUUUGAAACUCAAUGGUGGCAGGAACAUUGUUGGGAUCUUAAGAGGCUUUGAUCCAUUUAUGAACCUAGUGAUUGAUGAAACUGUGGAAGAAGUCAAAGAUGGCACAAAGAAUAAUAUAGGGAUGGUGGUUGUACGGGGAAACUCAAUUAUAAUGUUGGAAGCAUUAGAAAGAAUCAUGUAGUUUAACAUCUGACAAUAAACAUCAAACAAAAUUGUAAAA